CACGGAAUAAGUCUUUUUUUGCGAAGUAUAUCGUAAGGCAAAAGUUCCAAAAUUAAAUCAAGAAAAGAAGCGAAAACGAAAAGAAUUCAGAUAAAGAGAACAAAAACAUCCUCAAAAAUGACGCAAAGGGUGAUUGAGGAUCGAUUGAACGAUUAUGCUCAUAUUAAGAGUCAUGCGAGCACAAGUGUACAAGAACAAGCCGUCAGAGAUCUGAUCUCAAGACUCCUUCCAGAAUACACUUCUUUUUUCCAUAUUACAGUUGAUCCAAAACUCAGUGGAAAUCCCAACAUGGACAUGUUUGAAUAUCAGACUAAUGGCUCGAAGCUGUUCAUCACAGGUACAACUGGAGUGGCGUGUUCUCUCGCUGUCAACCACUUCUUGAAAUAUUAUUGUAAAGCACACGUUUCGUGGAGUGGCGACCAGUUGAACAUUCCCAAACCAUUCCCAACGGUGUCAUCAUUGGUCACCGUACGUGUUCCAUACAGAUUUCGCUACUAUCAGAAUGUUUGUACCUCAAGUUACUCAUUUGCUUGGAUGAAUUGGACGAGGUGGCAGAGACAGAUAGACUGGAUGGCUCUAAACGGCAUCAAUCUACCGUUAGCUUUUAAUGGACAAGAAGCUAUCUGGCAAAGAGUAUUCUUAAAGAUGGGGCUGAAGCAAGAAGACCUUGACUCUCAUUUUGGGGGUCCUGCAUUCUUGGCUUGGGCUAGAAUGGGAAACAUGAAGGGAUGGGGUGGCCCAUUACCGUCAACAUGGCACAAAACACAGCUAGAGUUGCAGCACAAGAUUCUGACAGCCAUGAGAAAUCUUGGUAUGACUCCAGUUUUCCCAGCAUUUGCAGGCCAUGUUCCAGAUGCUAUAACAACGCUAUAUCCAAAGGCAAAUGUAUCCAAACUUGGACGAUGGAACGAUUUUGAUGAUACAUACUGUUGUACUGCUCUGCUGGACACCACUGAUCCUCUGUUCAAGGAAAUUGGAGAAUCUUUCAUCAAGGAACAAAUCUUAGAAUAUGGAACCAACCACAUCUACAAUGCCGACACCUUCAAUGAAAUGACACCAAAAUCUAGUGACCCCUCGUACUUGAGUGCCGCAAGCAAAGGUGUCUAUGAAGGGAUGACUGCAGGAGAUCCCCAAGCUAUCUGGCUCAUGCAAGGAUGGUUAUUCCAGUUUGAUUCAAAGUUUUGGAAGGCACCACAGAUCAAGGGAUUACUUGAUGGUAUCCCCAUAGGAAAAAUGAUUAUCUUGGAUCUGUUUGCCGAGAUAAAUCCUAUUUGGCAGAACAUUUCUGCUUUGUAUGGCCAGCCAUUCAUCUGGUGCAUGUUGCAUAACUUUGGAGGAAACCAGGGUCUAUAUGGUGCUAUAGAAAGUGUUGCGACCAACCCAGUCAAAGCUUCUCACAAUUCACACAACACCAUGCUUGGCACAGGCUUAACUCCAGAAGGAAUAUUCCAGAAUGACAUGAUGUAUGAUUUAAUGAACGAGAUGGGCUGGAGAAGUGUUGGUUUUACUCCAACAGAGCUGCAGGACUGGGUGAUAUCAUAUGCUGAAAGAAGAUAUGGAGGCAUCAAUGAGCAGAUUGCUGAAGCAUGGAAACUAUUAAUAAGGAGUGUCUACAACUGUAGUGAUGUAUGUGAACAUCACUGUAAUUCAGUCAUCGUCAUGAAGCCAUCAUUUAACAUUGCUCCACAUAUCUGGUUUAAUCCUGAGGAUGUUUAUGCUGCAUUGUACAACCUGUUGUCUGUAGCUGAUGAGUUCUCGAACGUGGAGACAUUCAGAUAUGAUUUGGUGGAUGUUACUCGAGAAGCUCUCCACUUGAUAGCCACUAAGGUCUACAAUAGAAUAAUCAAUGCCUACAAAACCAAGCAAGCAUCAGAACUCAUCCAUAAUGGCUCCAAGCUAAUAGAGCUGUUAGGAGACUUGGACACACUCCUCUUGACCAAUGAGCAUUUCUUGUUGGGACGCUGGCUGAAUGCAGCAAAGGAUUUGGCCACUACUCCAGAUGAGGUUCGACUUCACGAAUACAAUGCACGUAAUCAAGUAACCCUCUGGGGUCCUACUGGGGAGAUUGAAGACUAUGCUAAUAAGAUGUGGAAUGGUUUGGUAGGUUCAUAUUAUCGGCCUCGAUGGAUACUUUUCAUUGAAGAACUCUAUGAAGCUGUCUCCCAAGGCAAGACUAUUGAUUAUGAUGCGUUUAGUAAACAGUUACUGGUCCAAGAGACUCUAUGGACAUAUGGAAGUGAAAGUUAUCCAGACAAACCUGUGGGGGACAGUGUUGCUGUAGCCAAGAAUAUAUACCAGAAAUAUGCUGAAUUCAUAGAUAUGUAAUAAAUAAGCUGAUUAGUGCUGCACUUCUGUGCUAUUAUAUUCUAUACAAAUUAAAUAAAACACAUUUCAAACCA